AUGUAGGGAAUGGGCUGGGCAAGAAGCACAGUUCUUGCGUCGGAGAACCGUUUCUCGUGUUGGCAGAGAACGUAACGCGUUAACCGCUUUUUCUGAGUUUUCUCUACAUUUUUUUCGUGGGUUUUGAAUUCUGAAAACUUCUCACUGACUGUUGUGGUCAGUGCAGUAUAGUCAAAAGGUUGCUGUUUUUCACGACGAAACUUUCCAUAAAAGUGACAACGAGCAAGGUUUGAGACAGUGUCUGUCAGGAUGGCCCAGUGGAACCAGUUACAGCAGCUGGAGACCAGGUAUCUGGAGCAACUGUACCACUUGUACAGUGACAGCUUCCCAAUGGAGCUACGGCAGUUCCUUGCCCCCUGGAUUGAGAGUCAGGACUGGGCUUACGCUGCCAAUAAGGAAUCACAUGCCACAUUGGUUUUCCACAACCUCUUGGGAGAAAUAGACCAGCAGUAUAGCCGUUUCCUGCAGGAGAACAAUGUACUCUACCAGCAUAACCUGCGCAGAAUCAAACAGCAUCUGCAGAGCAAGUACUUGGAGAAGCCAAUGGAUAUUGCCCGCAUUGUUGCUCGCUGUUUGUGGGAGGAACAAAGGCUGCUGCAGACUGCCACCUCUGCUACACAGGACGGCCAGGCAGCCCAUCCUACUGGGACAGUAGUGACAGAGAAGCAACAGAUACUGGAGCACAACCUUCAAGAUAUCAGGAAGCGGGUGCAGGAUAUGGAACAGAAGAUGAAAAUGCUUGAAAACUUGCAAGAUGACUUUGACUUCAAUUACAAGACUCUGAAAAGUCAAGGAGAGUUGUCCCAGGACCUAAAUGGAAAUAGCCAGGCUGCUGCCACCAGACAGAAGAUGGCUCAACUCGAGCAGAUGCUGAGCGCCCUGGACCAGCUCAGAAGGCAAAUUGUGACAGAGAUGGGAGGAUUGCUGACUGCCAUGGAUUACGUGCAGAAGAACCUGACAGAUGAAGAACUGGCAGACUGGAAGAGAAGACAGCAAAUUGCCUGUAUUGGAGGUCCCCCAAACAUCUGCCUCGAUCGCCUCGAGACAUGGAUCACAUCCUUGGCUGAGUCCCAGCUUCAGAUUCGUCAGCAGAUCAAGAAGCUGGAGGAGCUUCAGCAGAAAGUGUCCUACAAAGGAGACCCCAUCAUUCAGCACCGGCCUGCCCUGGAGGAGAAGAUUGUGGAUUUGUUCAGAAACCUCAUGAAGAGUGCUUUUGUGGUGGAAAGACAGCCUUGUAUGCCCAUGCAUCCAGACAGACCUCUGGUCAUCAAAACAGGAGUGCAGUUCACAAAUAAAGUCAGGCUACUGGUAAAGUUUCCUGAACUCAAUUACCAGCUGAAAAUUAAAGUUUGCAUUGACAAGGAAUCUGGGGAUGUGGCUGCAAUUCGAGGGUCCCGAAAGUUCAACAUCCUCGGUACCAACACAAAAGUUAUGAACAUGGAGGAAUCCAACAAUGGCAGCCUGUCAGCAGAGUUCAAACACUUGACCCUGCGAGAACAGAGAUGUGGUAACGGUGGCCGGACCAAUAGCGAUGCCUCUUUGAUUGUGACCGAGGAACUCCAUCUUAUCACUUUCGAGACAGAAGUGUAUCACCAAGGCCUGAAGAUAGAUCUGGAGACUCAUUCCCUGCCUGUGGUAGUCAUUUCAAACAUUUGCCAGAUGCCCAAUGCCUGGGCCUCCAUCCUGUGGUACAACAUGCUCACUAAUCACCCGAAGAAUGUGAACUUCUUCACAAAGCCUCCAGUUGGGACAUGGGACCAAGUGGCCGAGGUGUUAAGCUGGCAAUUCUCAUCCACUACCAAGAGAGGCCUGACCAUUGAACAGCUCACCACACUGGCUGAGAAACUACUAGGGCCUUGUGUCAACUACUCUGGAUGUCAGAUCACCUGGGCCAAAUUCUGCAAGGAAAACAUGGCUGGCAAAGGCUUCUCCUUCUGGGUGUGGCUGGACAACAUUAUUGACCUGGUGAAGAAGUAUAUCCUCGCCCUGUGGAAUGAAGGGUACAUCAUGGGUUUUAUCAGUAAGGAGAGGGAGAGGGCCAUUCUGAGUCCAAAACCUCCUGGCACUUUCCUGCUGCGCUUCAGUGAAAGCAGCAAGGAGGGCGGCAUCACAUUUACUUGGGUAGAGAAGGACAUCAGUGGAAAGACCCAGAUCCAGUCAGUGGAGCCAUACACCAAGCAGCAGCUCAACAGCAUGUCUUUCGCUGAUAUCAUUAUGGGCUACAAGAUUAUGGACGCCACCAACAUCCUGGUUUCACCUCUCGUUUACCUCUAUCCUGAAAUCCCCAAAGAGGAAGCUUUUGGAAAAUACUGCAGGCCAGAAGCAGCUCCUGAACCUGAGAUGGGAGGAGACUCAACAAGCAUUACCCAGCCAUACUUAAAGACGAAGUUUAUCUGCGUCACCCCGUGUCCCUCCGUGUUCAUGGACUUGCCGGACAGUGAGCUGCUUGGGAACGGAUUCCCAGGCACAAACUCUGGAAACACCAGUGACCUGUUCCCCAUGUCGCCUCGCACCCUUGACUCCCUGAUGCACAAUGAAGCUGAAGCUAAUCAAGGACAUUUGGAGUCACUUACUUUGGAUAUGGAUGUAGCAUCACCAAUGUGAAAAUAAUUACCAAGUUCUUCAUCUUCUUUCUGUCUUUGUUGGGAUUUGUUACUAUGUUGUAAUAGAGGAUCUAAUGAGGAUUUAUUUCUUCCUCUGUUCACACAAUCUGCCUGUACAGUUUGUUCCUUGUUCCAAUGUAAAAAUGACUUAAUUUCACUAUAGCAAAGAUGAGAGAUUUUGAAGGAUGUUCUUUUACAAAAGAAUUGUCACAUAUUUAGGUUUUCACUGUCCUUAUGUAGUCUGUUGUGAAGAACUGUUGAUGUAUACUGACCAGUUGUAUUUUAGGCAACAUCCUGCUUUCACUUCUUCAUAGAUAUUUCAAGUUCCUUAUAACAUUUAAGUCUAAGGAAUUGUAUUUUUGAGAGCACUGUAUUUUUGUGUUAUUGACUUUUUAAAGUAAUAAAUGUAUGUGUUCUUUUUUUUAAAUGAGAAAUGGAAUGAGAACAAUUGUAUAAGCUAUGCUGCUUUGGAAUUGUACUUUGGCAUGUUUGUGAUGCUUCUUUUUCAGAGUGUCCCUGCCAAAUGUAAUGUCACAGUUGCCCCACUUUAUUUUGGUUAAAUUUCUUUACGGUUUUUACCAAAAAAAUGUAAAACUUCCUGCAGUUCCCAGAGCCAUUUGAAGUGUUAUAAUGCUGAAGAGACAAGUAAUUUCUGACACUUCUGAGUUUAUUUUCCUGUAAGCUUCUCGUGUUGUGAGAAAUUAUGUAAUUGUAAUUGUAAAUGCGGUGCAGUUUUUUUCUCUUUCUUCCACUUCAAUACUGUAUUUUGUGAUCAUGUGUGUUUGGCUUGUUUUAGAAAUUUGCAGUUUAAAUAUUUACGUUGUGCUUGAUUUCACCUGAUGUGAUCAGAUGUGUAAUGGAAGUCAUUUUCUGAAUGAUUUAUUAUAGAUAAUGUAGAUUAUAGAUGUGCACACAGUAAGGCGCGUAGCAGCUGACUUUAACCUUUCAUACACUUGAGUAAACCCUCUCAAUUUGAAUACAGUGCAAGCCUCACAGCUCUUUGUCAUAUCAUACCAAAUGAGAGGAUCAUAUAGGUGUUGGCAUUUUGGUGGAACAGGGAGCUUAAAUUCAAAAAAUACUCCAAGCAAAUGAUAUAGUGCUUGAAAUGUAAAUAAACUAUUUUAAUUAAUCACUUCCCA